AUGGCGCUCCUCAAGCAUUGUGUGUGGCUCCUCUUGGCAGUUAACGCAGCGCUCACUUCCGCCAAGCCUAGCGCGUUCAACUUUACCCAAGAGGCCAUCGACAAUGGUGAGGCUCUUGCCCAACUCAAUAUCAAGGCCCUCGAAGCCUCGCAUGCUUUGAGACAGGCUUUGGCGCGUCGGGGUGUCCACUUCACAUGCUCGGCUGACAAGCUUCGUGUUCGAAAAGAGUGGAGAACCCUCCCUGCGGAAGAACGCAAGUCUUACAUUGCAGCGGUCCAGUGCCUUCAGUCAUCGCCUACUCUGCUGGACCCCGUUCAGCUGCCAGCCGCCAAGUCUCUGUAUGACGACUUUGUCCUAACACAUCUCAACCAGACUGGUAGUAUACAUGUUACGGCAAACUUUCUAUUGUGGCACAGAUUCUUUACCUAUGUUCACGAGGAGAAACUGCGCAAUGUCUGUGGCUAUCAAGGAACAGUGCCAUACUGGGAAUGGGGAUAUGAUGUUGAAGACCCGGCAGCGUCGCCCGUCUUCGAUGGAUCAGAGACUUCGAUGGGUGGCAACGGCGCAUCCACCCCCCACGAAGGCAUGCAGCUCGUUCAGCAAUUCUCCAAUACAACCGUCAAACUGCAGCCUGGUUCUGGAGGCGGGUGCGUUGAGGCCGGUCCAUUCGCUAAUAUGACUGUCCACGUUGGCCCACGUAGCUUACCACAAUACGGCACGACGACCCCGUUCAGCGUGGAAAAGCCGACGGACGAUCAUGCGCGUUGCCUGAAGCGUGAUCUCAACAAACACGUCGCCUCAAGAUACACUUCUUUCCGCAACACGACCAAGCUGAUCCUGGAUAAUGACAACAUUGAGUGGUUCCAGGCGGUUAUGCAGGGCGAUGACCGAUACACUCCAGGCAUCGAAGUGGGCGUUCACGGAGGUGGUCACUACACAAUAGGAGGCGACCCUGGCUCCGAUCCCUUCAUUUCCACAGGAGAACCUGUGUUCUUUCUCCACCAUGCACAAGUUGACCGCGUCUACUGGAUCUGGCAAAUGCUCGAUUUCGCCAACCGACAGGAUAUCUUCGGGACCCUGACAUUGCAGAACAAUCCUCCGAGCCGAAACGCCACUCUAGAUGACCUCGUGGAUGUUUCCCCUCUCGCUGAGCCUGUUAAGCUCCGUGAUCUGAUGAGUACUGUCGGAGGGUCGCCAUUCUGUUAUGUCUAUGAAUAA